AAAACCCCACCUAAAAACCCUCGCUUCGAAUUCGGCCAUGGAAAUGCCAACGAUGGCAUUGUCUACGGCUCGUUCGAUUCUGAUACCCUGUGUAAACUCACUCCACAGCUUCCGACACUGUCCGCCAUCGACGUUGUCCUUCAACUUCUCCCCCAAUCUCCCGAGCUUUCUGCGGGUUCAAAGAUGUCGAUUCUCCGGCGGGAAGCGCCGCCGUGGUGUCACCGUCUCCGCUGGCACCGAUUACUACUCCACUUUGAACGUCAGCCGCAACGCAACCUUGCAUGAGGUCAAGCGAGCUUACAGGAAACUCGCUCGCAAGUAUCACCCAGAUAUGAACAAGAGCCCUGGGGCUGAAGAGAAAUUCAAACAGAUUAGUGCUGCUUACGAGGUCCUAUCAGAUGAUGAGAAGAGAUCUUUGUAUGAUCGCUUCGGCGAGGCCGGUUUAGAAGCUGAUUUCGAUGGAUCACAAGCCAAUUCCCAAGGAGUGGAUCCAUUUGAGAUGUACAGUGCAUUCUUUGGAGGAAUGGGUGAUUCAGGAGGGAUGGGUUUUGAUUUUAUUAAUCGGAAAAGUCUGGACCUUGACAUUAAGUAUGACCUGCGGUUAAGCUUUGAAGAGUCGGUCUUUGGAGCAAAACGGGAAAUUGAGGUUUCUUAUUUAGAAACAUGCAAUGGUUGUGGAGGAACGGGUGCUAAAUCAAGCAGUUCCAUUAAACCAUGUAGCAGUUGUGGGGGUAGAGGAAGUGUAAUGGAAACUCGGAGAACACCUUUUGGAAUGAUGUCUCAGGUAUCUACGUGCUCAAAAUGUUAUGGUGAAGGGAAGAUUGUUACUGAUAACUGCCAAAAAUGCAGUGGGAAUGGGAGAAUGCGGUCGAAGAAAAGUAUGGACGUGGUAGUCCCUCCUGGUGUCAGUGAUGGAGCCACGAUGCGGAUUCAAGGGGAGGGUAAUGUUGACAAGAAAAGGAGACGAGCUGGUGAUCUGUUCAUUGUACUUCGAGUUGAUGAGAGGCGUGGAAUUUGGAGGGAAGGCCUAAAUCUAUACUCCAAAAUCAACAUUGGUUUCACAGACGCGAUACUUGGAGCAGUCACAAAGGUCGAAACAGUCGAGGGAACAAUGGAACUUGAGAUACCCGCGGGAACUCAGCCAGGUGACACCGUGAAAUUGCAUCGCAAGGGAGUGCCAGACACGGACAGACCUUAUGUCCGUGGCGACCAUUGCUUCAUAGUGAACGUUUUGAUUCCCAAAGAUCUCAGCGAGAGAGAGCGCAAGUUGUUAGAGGAGUUCUCAUCCCUUAGAAGAUCUAGCGAUGCUGAAUCUGAACAAGGGGAGGGUGCUGCUGCUUCUGUCUCGGGUCUCAAAAGCAUGUCGUCUGUGUGGCAAAAAGUGAAGAGCUUUGUAAGGAGGACUGGAGAGUCAGGAACGAGGUUUGCAACGAUGAGAGUUCACGCAUCAGUGCCUCCGCCAUGGAGGCGUAAAGGGCCACCAGAGACGUCCAUUUUAGCCUCAUUUCUUGCUGUGUUUGUUAUAACCAGCGUCAUCGUGCGGGUUAGGAAGAAACCGAAGAAAGAACCCUAAUUUUGAAAACUCUAAACUCCAAACAACACAAUCAUAUCUUUAACGUGUUUCAUGAA